CUCAGUUGGGAAGCAGUCUCACUUUCCGGUUUCCGUUUUUCUCCACGUUGCCCAACUUUAAACAAACAAAAAUAAGAAGAAAUAAUAAAAGGACAAAAACGGCAACAACAACAAAACUCCCAACAAUUAAGCCUGUAACUUUCCCAGCUAAGAAACUGCGUUAAGGAGCAAUCAGACCAGAGAAGAAAUCCCGGAAACUACUGCAGCUGCAGGCAGACCAGCCCCCAGCCAGCAUGAGUCAAAUGCCUAGAAAUUCCUUAAAAAUUAUCCUGAGGCAGCUGAAAUGCCAUUUUACGUGGAACUUGUUGAAAGAAGACAUCGAUCUACUUAAUCUGGAAGACACAAUAAUCGACCAGAUCGAAUUCCUUGAUAUGAAAUCCAAAGUCACCCUUUAUAACCUAUUGGCCUAUGUAAAACAUUUGAAAGGUCAAAAUGAGGAGGCACUGAGAUGCUUAAAACAUGCUGAAGAGAGAAUCCAGGUAGAACAUGCUGACCAAGUGGAAGUAAGAAGCCUGGUCACAUGGGGAAAUUUUGCAUGGGUAUAUUAUUAUAUGGAAAGAUUUCCCAAAGCUCAGUUUUAUGCAGACAAGGUGCAAAAGGGCUAUAGGAAGCUUCCCAAUUCCUCCCGCUAUAAGAUAGAGUGCCCCGAAGUUUACUGUGAGGAAGGGUGGGCUCUGCUAAAGUGUGGAAGGAAGUAUUAUGAGAGGGCCAAGGCAUGUUUUGAGAAAGCCUUGAAGAUAGAACCCGACAAUCCUGAGUUUAAUUCUGGCUUUGCCAUCGCAGCCUAUCGACUGGACGAUAAGGAAUAUUCUUGUCAAAGAGUAUCAUCCUUGGACCCUCUCCGGAGGGCAGUUGAACUGAAUCCAGACAACACAUUUGUGAUGGCCCUACUCGCCCUGAAGCUUCAAGACCUAAAACAGGAAGCUGAGGGUGAACGGUACAUUCGGGAGGCCUUGGAGAAGAUGUCCUCACAGCCUUACGUCCUUCGCUACGCAGCGAAAUUUUACCGCAGACAAAACUCCCCCAGUAAAGCUCUUCAGCUCUUAAAAAUCGCCUUGCAGGCAACACCCACUUCUGCUUUCUUGCAUCAUCAGAUCGGGGUUUGCUACAAAGUUCUGAUGAUCCUCGUCAAACAGUCAACCAAAAAACGAUCCAGGGAAAAAGAGAAAGAGAAACGAGAGUUGAUUCAGUCGGCCAUAUUUCAUUUUCGAGCAGCCAUGGAGCAGAAUUCCAUGUUUGUGUUUGCUUACACAGACCUGGCCAACAUGUACGCAGAGGCUGGUCAGUAUGAAAAGGCAGAAGAUGUAUUUCAGAAAGCCCUUCACCUGCAGCACGUGACGGACGAAAACAAACAACAGGUCCAUUUUCACUAUGGUCGCUUUCAGGAGACUCACAGGAAAUCUGAGGAUGCCGCCAUCUUUCACUAUUUAGAAGGUGUAAAAAUAAAAGUGGAGUCUUCUAUUACAUCCAAACUGAUAAGUGCUCUGCAGAGAUUAGCCACACGGCGACUUUAUGAGAAUGCAGUUGAUGUAAAGAGCUGGGGGGCCCUGGGUUUCAUUCAUAAGCUAAAGGGACAAAAGAGGCAAGCCAUCGAGUGCUAUCAGAGAGCCCUGAAGCUGGACCCCGAGAACGGGGACUAUAUCAGUGCUCUGUUUGAGCUGAGGCUCUCUUUCUGAGGAUCCCUCUUUGUAUUAUGAGCGACUAGGAGCUGCGUCCCCAAGGUGAGAGAAGGAAAGAUAGACAAACCAAGAAUGAGCCAGGACAAGAAUUCUAAAACAAGAGUCAAAUCCUGAGUUUGGGGACUAUUAUAAUCCCCUGUUUGAGCUGCAGCUCUCCUUCUAAUCCUCCAGUAUGUAGCAUGAAACCUAAAAAAUAUAUUUUUAGGUUGGCAACAGAAUGUGAUAUUUGUGACUAUCCUGUAUUAUGAUCAUAUAUGUUUACGCUGUAUGAACAUAUAAAAGGACUCACAUGCAUGCAGUUUAAUCAGUAGUUUGCCCGUUUCUAUAUUAUUUCUUUCAGCAUACCUUUGGGCAAAGUAAUCGUUGUAAUUCUAUAGGUUUGAAUAGAAUAGACAAUGUGGCUAGAAGGGACUUUAGGGAUUAUCUAGUACAACUUGCUUUUUUUUUUUUUUUAAGGGGAGGAAAUUGGGGCUCAGAAAAAGCAAAUGAUUUGUCAAGCAAAUUGGUGGCAGAGAAAGAAUUUAGAAACCAGGACUAAGAACACAUUAACCCCAGACUAGUCCUCUUUCCUAUGUCUGACUGUUUCCCUCUUCUUCAUAAAUAGAAUACUUUUGUUCAUAAGGACAUGAUCCAUGGAUGAAAUACACUGCUUGAAUCUGAUCUGUGCCUUGGAUAUUUUUUGUAUAAAUAAAAGUGUUUUCUGAACCCAAA